AUAACAAGGCCAGCUGCAAGGUCAAAAACAUGUACAUUCAGAAAAUUUUCUAGAUCUCUGAAGGGUCGCCCUUCAACUUCAACCUCCUUCCAUGGCAAAACGACGCCCACAGCAGCUAGAGAAGUGGAGACCCUCAAGCAGAGUGCACAAGAACAGAUUCCUAACAGAGGCGCAGUUUGAAGAUGCUAGGCGAAGGGCAAUAGUAGAUAUGGUAGGAUUCAUGCUGAGCAGUGAGAAAGUGAAGUUCAUUGAGAAGCAGAGGAAAGCUGCCAUGCCAGAACAAGCUAAAGGAAGCACUUCAAAUCCACUGUUGGUCACACAAGAAGACUACAAGAUGAGGGAAGUUAGAGAUCUGACAUUUUUUUGCUCCGGUGAAUUAUGUAACGGAAGUAAUAAUGGAGCCAGAUGAUUGAAAGUGGUGUUUUUUUUUCUCUUUUGUUUAUCAGCGAUGGAUGUAGAAGCAACAAAGAAUGGAGAUGUGC